CGAGGCGAUGAGCUGCAGCUGGGGCUGGUUUCCUUUAUCACGCCGGUUUAUCAAGUACGCGGCUCCCUCCGAGAGACCUGCAGGGGGCGGUCGCUCCCCUGAGAGGCCUCAGGAUGAGGAGGAGCAGGCGGCGGCGGCCGGCAACUUUAUAGGGGAGGAGCCGCCACCCAGCAGCGCGGGGACCUUGCUCUGGAGCCGCCUGCCUCCACUUUCCCGGCGUUAUGAGUUUGCCGCUGGCUUUCGAGGCGGAGCGGGAUUUUUUUUUACCUCAGCAGCAGCUCGCUUCAUCUCGAGGCGAGCCUAGCGGAGCCUCAUGGACGCACAAAGUAGCCGCAGAAGCAGCAGCAGCAAGAAAAAAGAGCUGAGAUCAUCUGCACAGGACUUGAACGUUGCUCUCAGUGAAUGUAUGGCAGCUGUGGAUCUGUUUCUAAAUAACAAGUUCCAGGAUGCCCUUGUUUCUCUGCAAACUAAAACAAAGGGGAGUAUGUAUCAUGCAUUGACAUAUGCCACCAUACUGGAAAUGCAAGCCAUGAUGACCUUUGACUCGCAGGACAUACUGAAUGCUGGAAACACAAUGAAAGAAGCUCAAGCCAUAUGUCAGAAGUUUCGGAAGAAGUCCACCGUGGCCGAUUCACUGAACAAUUUAGUGCACAGACACAAUGUUGACCAAUUAACUGAAGAGGAAAUUCAUGCAGAAAUUUGCUAUGCUGAAUGUUUGCUUCAGAGAGCUGCUCUUACAUUCCUUCAGGAUGAAAACAUGGUUAGCUUUAUCAAAGGCAGCAUCAAAGUCAGAAACAGUUAUCAAACAUAUAGGGAGCUGGACAGUCUAAUACAUUCUCCCCACUAUGUUAAAGGAGAAAAUCACCCCCAUUUUGAAGGUGGCGUAAAGCUGGGAGUUGGGGCAUUUAAUCUGACUUUGUCUAUGUUACCAUCAAGGAUUGUACGGUUACUGGAGUUUGUUGGGUUUUCAGGAAAUAAGGAACAUGGUCUGCGACAGCUUCAAGAAGGAGCCUCAGUAUACAGCUUUAGGUCCGUGCUAUGCACUAUGCUACUACUCUGCUAUCAUACCUUCAUGACUUUUGUGCUAGGGACAGGAAAAGGAAAUGUUGAAGAAGCAGAGAAACUUCUUAAGCCUUACUUGGCUCGAUAUCCAAAAGGAUCCAUAUUCCUGUUUUUUGCAGGGAGAAUAGAAACAAUAAGAGGCAAUGUUGAUGGAGCCAUCAAAAGGUUUGAAGAAUGUUGUGAAGCCCAGCAGAAUUGGAAGCAGUUUCAUCACAUGUGCUAUUGGGAACUCAUGUGGUGCUUCACAUACAAACGUCAGUGGAAGAUGGCAUACUUUUAUGCAGAUCUGCUCAGCAAAGAGAACACCUGGUCCAAGGCUACAUACAUAUAUAUGAAAGCAGCUUAUCUCUGUAUGUUUGGACCAGAUGAUCAUAAGCCUUUUGGGGAUGAUGACGUUGCACUAUAUCGGGCUGUGCCUAGUUUGAAACUGAAAAUAGCAGGAAAGUCCCUGCCUACAGAAAAGUUUGCAAUUCGGAAAUCCCGCCGAUAUCUAUCCUCAAAUCCGGUUCCACUUCCUGUACCUGUUUUGGAGAUGAUGUAUGUCUGGAAUGGUUAUGCAGUGAUUGGGAAGUGUCCUGACCUGACUGGCGGUAUGUUGGAGUGCUUGGAAGAUGCAGAAGCAGCCCUGGAAAGGAGCCCAGCUACAGAUUUGUUUGUUGAUGAUCAGUGUGUAAUCAAGUUACUGAAAGGGUUGUGCUUGAAAUACCUUGGCAAGAUUUCAGAAGCAGAAGAACACUUCACUUACAUUCACUUAAAUGAAAAGAAGAUAAAGUAUGAUCAUUAUUUAAUUCCAAAUGCACUGCUUGAACUUGCUUUAUUAUACCUGGACCAAGAUAGAAGAGAAGACGCUGUGAAGAUCCUGGAGAGAGCAAAGCAAAAUUAUAAGAAUUAUUCCAUGGAAACAAGAACACACUUCAGAAUUCAAGCUGCUUUGCACCAAGCCAAAUUGUCUCCAGAAAAUGGUGUUCUGGAAGCGGAGGUUCCAUGUUAACUUUUAAAAAAGAAAUCUUGUUUGGUAUGCAAACUGCCACAAGAGGACAUUACAGGCAAUAGUUUUAAGGUGGUCUUUGUCAAGUUUAGCACAAAAUGUAUUUAAUUUAAAAAUACUGAGGGGUUGACAAACCAGUAUUUCAUUCCAUGACUGUUUAUAAUAUAUACAAAUGUGACUUAUUUACUUUAUAAGUUUUUUAAAUAAGAUUUUCAUGUUUGUUAAUUUGGCAAAGAAUAUUUAAAUGGAUGAAAUCAUGAAUUCUAUAGAGUUGCUGACAAAUACCUAGAUCACACUUGGUUAUGAAUAUAACGUUUAUUUUCUACAUAGACUGAAUUUUUAAAACUGCUUUUUAAAUGAGGUAAUAAUUUUCCUGAUAGAAGGAACAACCAGUUAAUAACCUUUGAUUCAGGUUUAAUAUUAUAAUGUACUAUUCUUUAAUCUCACUUUCAUUUUUUCCUCUUCUAAUGUAUUCUAUUUUGCUAACACUCAAGAUGCCAACAAAUUACCAAUGCAGCCAAAAUCC